CCUGUUGCAACUAUUUUGGUUUUGAAUUUAUUUAUAUAUAGAAUAGAACCAUUUGGUUGAAAUUUUCUUCACAGCGUGCUUUAUUUUCCCGCUAGCGUGCCUUUAUCUGUGUGUGUAUCUCGCCGUGUGAAUGAUCGAGAAGUUUCUGGCUAUUGAAAAUUAGGCCAGAAGGUACGAGAAAUCGUGAAUCAUUUGUGAUUAGCCAUAUAAAAGACGAUCAGUGCAGAUCAGAUCCUUAUUUAAUUCAGAAAAUUGUAUAACUAUGACAAACACCAUAAGCAACGACGAAGCCUCGGCCGGCAGCCACAAAGACAAAGGCAACGAGGCCUUUAAGGGCUCCCAGUGGGCCGAGGCAGUGAAGCAUUACAGCAACGCCAUCAAGCUCGGGAGCGGCCACAAGGAGCUGCCGGUGUUCUACAAGAACCGUGCAGCUGCCUACCUGAAGCUGGAAAAGUUCGAGAAGGCGGCCGAGGAUUGCACAGAGUCACUCAAGCUGAUGCCCAACGACCCAAAGGCGCUGUUCCGGCGCGCCCAGGCCUACGAAUCGCUGGAGAAGUUCGAGGAGGCGUACCACGACGCCACGGCUCUGUUCAAGGCCGAUCCGGGCAACAAGACGGUGCAGCCCAUGCUGCAGCGAUUGCAUGUGAUUGUCCAGGAGCGUGUGGCGCGCAAUGCCAAACUCUCGACCAAGGUCAAGAAGAUGAUGGACCUGACCUUCGACCUGGCCUCGCCCCUAGAGAAGCGUCGCUCGGCGGCCAACAAUCUGGUGGUGCUGGCCAAGGAGGCCACCGGCGCUGAGCUGCUCUACAAGGAGCACUGCGUGACCAAGGUGGCAACGCUGGCCAAAGUGGAGAAGGAUCCGGAGAUCUACAUAAAUAUGGUGUACGUGGUGGCCGCGCUCUGCGAGAACAGCGUGGAGCGCACCAAGGGCGUGCUCACGGAGCUGGGUGUGCCCUGGUUUAUGCGUGUCCUCGACCAGAAGCACGAGGAGUGCGUGGCCACGGCCCAGUACUGCCUGCAGACCAUCAUCAACGCACUGUCCGGGCUGAAGAACAAGGCGGACUCGAAGCCGGACAAGGAGCUCUGCUCGAAGAACAACCGGGAGAUCGACACGCUGCUCACCUGCCUGGUGUACAGCAUCACGGAUCGCACCAUUUCGGGCCCAGCUCGCGAUGCCGUCAUAGAGCUGCUCACCAGAAAUAUUCACUACUCGGCGCUGGAGUGGGCCGAGCGACUGGUGGAGAUUCGCGGCCUGUGCCGCCUGCUGGAGGUGUGCUCGGAGCUGGAGGACUACAAGUACGAGAGUGCCAUGGAGAUAACCUCCUCCACCUCGACGAUUGCCUCGGUCUGCCUGGCCAGGGUCUACGAGAACAUGUACUAUGACGAGGCCAAGUUGCGCUUUGCGGACCAGAUCGAUGAGUUCAUCAAGGACAAGCUGCUCUCGCCCGAUAUGGAGUCCAAGGUGCGAGUCAUCGUGACCAUAACGGCCUUGCUGAGCGGUCCCCUGGAUGUGGGCAACCAAAUCAUCGCCAGAGAGGGCAUUCUGCAGAUGAUUUUGGCCAUGGCCACCACUGAGGAUGAGCUGCAGCAGCGUGUGGCAUGCGAGUGCCUGAUAGCCGCCUCCUCCAAGAAGGACAAGGCCAAGGCUCUCUCCGAGAAUGGCGUGGACAUACUCAAGCGGCUGUACCACUCCAAAAACGAUGCCAUCCGAGUGCGCGCCCUGGUGGGGCUGUGCAAACUGGGCAGCUACGGUGGCGGGGAUGCGGCUAUCCGGCCGUUUGGCGACGGGGCAGCCCUCAAGCUGGCCGAGGCGUGUCGCCGUUUCCUGAUCAAGCCCGGCAAGGACAAGGACAUCCGACGCUGGGCAGCCGAUGGCCUGGCCUAUCUCACGCUCGAUGCCGAAUGCAAGGAGAAGCUGAUCGAGGACCAGGCCUCCAUACAAGCUCUGAUGCAGCUGACCCGCGGCGGCGACCAGUCCUGCCUGUACGGCGUCGUCACCACCUUUGUGAAUCUGUGCAAUGCGUACGAGAAGCAGGAAAUGGUCCCUGAAAUGAUCGAGCUGGCCAAGUUCGCCAAGCAACACAUACCCGAGGAGCACGAGCUGGACGACGUGGACUUCAUCAACAAGCGCAUCACGAUCCUGGCCAACGAGGGCAUCACCACCGCCCUCUGUGCGCUGUCCAAAACGGAGAGCCACAACUCGCAGGAGCUGAUGGCCAGGGUGCUGAAUGCGGUCUGUGGACUCCAGGAGCUGCGCGGAAAGGUCGUGCAGGAUGGAGGCGUCAAGGCGCUGCUGCGCAUGGCCCUCGAGGGUACGGAGAAGGGCAAGAGGCAUGCCUCCCAGGCUCUGGCCAGAAUCGGCAUCACCAUCAACCCCGAGGUGGCGUUCAGCGGCCAAAGAUCGCUCGAUGUCAUACGGCCGCUGCUGAAUCUGCUGCAUCAGGACUGCACGGCACUGGAGAACUUUGAGGCGCUGAUGGCACUCACCAACCUGGCCAACAUGAACGAGAGCGUGCGCCAGCGCAUCGUCAAGGAGCAGGGAGUGUCCCGGAUCGAGUUCUACCUGAUGGAAGAUCAUGUCCAUCUGACGCGAGCGGCCGCUCAAUGCAUUUGCAAUCUGGUGAUGUCCGCGGACGUGGUCAAGAUGUUCGAGGGCGAGAACGAUCGCGUCAAGUUCCUGGCCCUGCUCUGCGAGGAUGAGGACGAGGAGACGGCCAUGGCCUGUGCCGGAGCCUUGGCCAUGCUCACCUCCGUUUCGGACAAGUGCUGUGAGAAGAUCUUCAACGUGGCCAGCUGGCUGGACAUACUCCACACACUGAUAGCCAAUCCCAGCCCUGCGGUGCAGCAUCGUGGCAUUGUCGUCAUACUCAACAUGAUCAAUUCCGGCGAGGAGACUGCCAAGAAGCUCUUCCAGACGGACAUCAUGGAGCUGCUGAGCGGCCUCGGCCAAUUACCGGACGAGUCACGGGCCAAGGCCCGGGAGGUGGCCAUCCAGUGCCUGGCCGCAGCGGAGCGACAUCGCAUUAUCGAGAGAUCCGAUGAUGCCGAAAUACCCGACGUGUUUGCCGAGAGUGCCAAAAUAACCGAGAUUCUUGACGAAUAAUUUAUAAUUAAUCGCCAUAA